AUGCAGAGCACAAAAUUUCACUUAAAGAGAAUUGUCGGAAAUGUUAGUUUAACGUUUGAGGAAUUGAGUACGCUUUGUACACAGAUCGAAGCCGUCCUCAAUUCCCGACCCCUCACUCCUUUAUCAUGUAACCCCAACGACUUUUCUCCCUUGACCCCAGGGCACUUCCUGAUCGGGCGGCCGCUAACGUCACUUCCAUCGCCUCCGACUACACCUGAAAGAAAAAUCAGAACGAGAUACCAGUUAAUAGAAAACCUAAGAGAGGAUUUCUGGAAAAGGUGGUAUCACGAGUACCUAUCCGAGCUGCAAAGGAAAACGAAGUGGCGAUCUCCAUAUAGAGGACUCCAAGAAGGAUCAAUGGUCGUAUUCAAGGAAGAUAAUUUACCUCCCAUGAAGUGGAGACUGGGCAGGGUCCACCGGCUAUAUCCUGGCAAGGAUGGAGUCUGCCGCGUUGCCGACUUCACCACCUACAAGGGCGUCGAACGUCGCGCACUAAACAAAGUGUGCCCCCUUCCUGACGAUGCAGAUGCUUUGGAAGAAGCACCAGCUUCUUCCAAGGGGGCCCAGGAUGUUCGAGACCACGGCGAGAGGGGUGCGGCAGGUGGGGCGCGGGGCGCAGCCGGCGGAGCGGGCGAUCCGCGCAGCGAUCGUCUAAACCAGUCCUAGCGGAGCGAGAGGGGAGGCCGGUCGCGGCUAGCGGCCGGCCUACGCC